CUAUUUUGGCGUCUCGCCUCCCUCUUUAAAUUGCCCCCCGCUCCUCCGGCCCGGAAGCUAGCGUUUUUUUCAUCUCGCCGACGGCCGACCGCCCGCACACACGCGUCAAGCGAUUUCCCGGGCGAUUCGCAUUCCCGUGGAGUCCAUCGGCGGAGGCUGCGAUUGGGGGAUUGGUGGCCUGCGAGGCGUGGAGUCUGGAGCUCGCGGAGGAAGCUUGAUCCGGGGGCCGAGCUUUCGGGGGAUUGAUUGGGUGGGUUCCAUCUGCGGAGGCCGGGCAGGAAAAUCGUUGCGACUGGAGGCCGCGGAGAGGGGGCAUGGGGGCGUGGGUCGGUGGGUGUCGGGCCUGCUGGGAGGGCCUGGAAACUUCCUCUUCUGUCGCAAAGUGAUGAAGGGGUAUCUUAUUGACUUCAACCUGGCAAAUGAUCUCCACCACAAGUUCUUGAAAAAUUGUAAAUCUGAGACAAUUUCAUGUGGGAAGGAUACCACAUCUCAAACUGUAUCAAAAUUCACACCAGUAGUUCAUGCCAAAGAAGCAGCUGUUGAUUCAAAGCAACCUCUUCCUUUGAAGAGGAAAAUAUCCAGUAGAAGCCCAGGGGAUAGUGUGCCUAAGAUCGACAAAAAAAGUAAGCAUGGUAGCCAACCGGCUGAUGUAUCUGGUGUAACCUCUACGAAGGAUCCUACAAGCACAAAAGCAUCACUAGAUAGGUUAAAGCAGCCAAUGCCUUACAAAGGGCGAAAGGAAUUAAUGAACUUCUUGCACGAGGCAAUGCAAAGUCCCAACAAAAAUACUGUGCCUCCUCCUGUUUCCCAAAGGAAGAGGGUCGCUGCUCCUUUGGGUAGUGUGGACCGAAAGCUCUUUGUGCUGACUCCAAUGCCUCUGCGUCGUGGUAGUGCUGUUGCUGGUUCUGGCAUGUUAAACAACAAAGUUGUAGGACAUGGAAAACAUCGAAGAGAAGGUCCGUGUGUUGGAACUAAAGGAUUCCGGGCUCCAGAGGUUCUCUUUAGGUCUUUCCACCAGGGUUGUAAAGUUGAUGUCUGGUCAGCUGGGGUGACGCUCCUGUACUUCAUAAUUGGCAGAACACCUUUUGGUGGAGAUCCUGAACAAAACAUCAAGGAAAUAGCGAAGCUAAAAGGUAGUGAAGAGCUAUGGGAAGUAGCGAAAUUGCACAACUGCGAAUCUUCGUAUCCAUCGGAUCUCUUUGAUGUCAAAUCGUUGCACUCGGUGGAUCUAAGGGAGUGGUGUGCAGCCAACACACGCAGGCCAGAGUUCCUCAAGUCGAUACCUGAAUCGUUUUUUGACCUGGUGGAUACGUGCCUGGCUGUCAACCCCAGGUGCAGGCUCAGUUCAAAGGAUGCGCUCAUGCAUGAGUUCUUUGCUCCAUGCCGCGAGCUUCAGAAAGCUCAAGAUACCUAGGAGGUCGGCUGGUUCUGAUGCUGCAUCUUCAUCGUCACACCAGAACACCACACUCACAGCAAAACAAUCUUAGCGCUCGUUCCACCGUACAGACCUGUACUAACACACCUGUAAGCUGAUUGUGGUAGCUAAUUACAGACAAGAAAAUAGCGGAAAUGUUCCCUGAUGUAAGUAAACACUUGUACUAAAGAUGUACUAACCUCUCUCGUGCUAGCUGCACUGCAGUAUUUGAGUUGGAAUCGUGUACAGCGAGUAUGUGAUGUGUGUGUUUUUAACUGAAAGAAAAAUUGUUCGUGCACU